CAUUUCUCACGUAAGAAGAGAGAAUUCUAGACAAGAGGAACACCUAACCUUUAAGAAAACUCACGACUCGGAGCUUUGAACAGUAGAUCUGUUAAAAGUUGCAUUAAAUAGUUUCAUGAAAGCCUAAAGGUAACUUAAAUACUCACAAAAGCUAUAUACUUUGUUCUAAUAAAUGCGACUAAAUAAUCAAAGUCAACAAACUCAGAUAGGAAAGUUGAAGUAACACAGUUGGAUGUAACAUAAAACGCGAAAGAGGGAAAUAUGAAUAUUUCGAGGCGAGUAAUAUUUAAUUUAACUACGUUAACCAGCGCAAGUUUAGGAGGCUGGUAUCUGGGCAGAUAUUUUGAACAAAAGCAACGUUUGAAUGAAGAAGACAAUGGAACAACGCAAAUCCAAAAAAUGCCAGGUUUACCCUUGUUCGGCACGGUUUCGGCAGCCACCCCCUUUACACCUGUUGAAAAAAACUUUGAAAUGGGCUUGAAAGUAUCUAUUGCCACGAGGGUGUCGGAGAUUAUGAAGUAUGGCUUUCCCGGGCUGGAUCACGUCAGAUCGUAUGAGGAUUUUGUUCUGUCUUACGACAGAAGAAACAGAGUUGCUCACUGGGUGUUUGAACACUUAACGAAAGAGAGACUGAAAUACAGUGAGGUGGAUCGCUCCAAGUGCGAGUUCAAGCCUGAUGAGAGUAUACAUCCUUUCUUCAGAUCGGAAAAUACAGAUUAUAAGGGAAGUGGCUACGACCGAGGUCACCUGGCAGCAGCUGGAAAUCAUAAAAUAGAACAGAAACAUAUGGAACAAACCUUUUUCCUCUCAAACAUGGCACCACAAGUUGGUGUAGGUUUUAACAGAGAUUCCUGGAACAGAUUGGAGAAAUAUGUUCGGAAAUUAACAAAUAUCUACAAAGAUGUUUAUGUAUGCACCGGACCAUUGUAUCUUCCAAAGAAGGAAGCAAAUGGAAAAAAAUAUGUACGUUACGAAGUAAUAGGCGCUAAUCAUGUGGCAGUGCCCACACAUUUUUAUAAAGUGAUAGUCGGUGAAACUAGCGAUGGCAAAUUAGAAAUGGAAGCUUUUGUGAUGCCAAACGCGCCGAUCGAUGAUAACACGCCACUUACCAAUUUUCAGGUUCCACCGGAAAGCAUUGAACGUGCUGCCGGACUUUUAUUUUUUGACAGAAUAUCACGAGAUAAGCUAAGUAAAAUCAACGGCAAAACUACAGGCUGGUUUUAACGAUUGCUCAAUUUUUAAUCUUUUUCCUUCAAAUAGAGGCGCAACUUUUUUUAAUUAAUUUAAAUUGUAGAAAAAUUUUUAAUAUUUGACAUAUUAUUCAAGAGUUCAAUGAGAGAAAAGAAUCGAAAGAGAAGAGAGCGAACGAAAACUCGUUUGUUUCGCGCAUAUCCUCUACCAGAAAGUUCACUCAUCUUACAGCCAUUGGCUGCCAGCAGGUGUCUCGCGUCCAACACUAUCCACACUUUGCUUAAUCUUGAUUUUCUUUGCACAGACCGAUUCUUUUCUCUCAUUGAACUCAGUGUAGUCGAUCAAGUUUGACUUUAUUGUAUAUAAUGUUUGAAGUAGUUAUGUUUUAUUAUACAGAUAUAUAAAUAUUUGUUCAAUUAUAUAUAUGCGUUGUUUUAUUAAUUUUAUACAUUUUUAAUUAUUCUUUGGAACAUCACUACGUCUAUUUACAUAACAUGCUGUGUUGUGAAUCCUUUUAUGUCUUGUCUCAUAAUUGAAUGGUCACAUAUAUUGAAUAAAACGCUCAUAUGAAUUUA